GUGGCACGUUUGCGAAGGGUUAGAGUUUGUGACGUGAGAUCGCAGCUCCACUUAGCAAUCAAUUCUGUGAACUGAGUAUUGUGUUCUUCUUCUUCACCAUCACCAUUACCAUCAUCUUCAUCUCAGUGGCUAACUUCACUAUGCUCGCUCUUUCGAGAGGCCUCGUUUCUCGUCUGCAACUUUUCGCCGUCGAUUCGGCUUUGCCAAUUAGAUUUCUGAGGGGAUUCAGUUCGGAUGCUGAGAUUCAGAGUCGGAUAAUUGACCCCAAACCUGGAGUGAUGAGCCCUAGUUCGAAACGAACGGGGCUUAUAGCGGUUAAGUGUGGAAUGAGUGCACUUUGGGAUAAAUGGGGUGCUAGAAUUCCAAUCACUGUGCUUUGGGUGGAUGAUAACAUUGUCUCUCAGGUCAAGACCCCUGAGAAGGAGGGUUUCUGUGCUCUCCAGAUUGGUUGUGGACAGAAGAAAGAUAAACAUUUGACCAAGCCUGAAGUGGGUCAUUUUAGGGCUCAAGGAGUUCCACUGAAAAGGAAGCUUAGGGAGUUUCCAGUGACUGAGGAUGCGCUUCUUCCUGUUGGUACAUCACUUAAUGUUCGCCAUUUUGUCCCAGGCCAAUAUGUUGAUAUCACGGGAAUCACAAAAGGAAAAGGUUUUCAGGGUGGGAUGAAGCGGCAUGGAUUUAAGGGAAUGCCAGCUUCCCAUGGUGCAUCAUUAUCACAUCGAAGCAUUGGUUCUACAGGUCAAAGGGAUGCUCCUGGAAGGGUUUUUAAAGGUAAAAAGAUGCCUGGGAGAAUGGGCGGGCAGCAAAGAACAGUUAAGAAUGUAUGGGUCUACAAAAUUGAUCCAGCAAGGAAUUUGAUGUGGGUGAAAGGCCAGGUCCCAGGAGCUACAGGGAACUUUGUUUUUAUAAAAGACGCUGUAUAUGAAAAACCUGACAUAUCUCUACUUCCUUUCCCAACUUACUUUGUCCAAGAAGAUGAAGAUUUAGAUAACAUGAAACCUUUGGUCGCUGAGCUUGGGGAUGUGGACCCAUUUAUGGUUACUGAUUAAAAAAGCAUAAUUCUGAAGCUGGUUUAUUCUUGCUAGGUUCACUUUCUUUGAAUAUAGAUGGCAAAAUUAGAUUUUUGAGGAACCAUCCGAGGAUGAUUUUUCACAUGUAUUUUACGGCAGCUUUAGGGUUACUUGUGACAUUCACCAAAUCUAAAUUAAGAUUGGUUAAACAUGGCUGUUUUUUGGAAUCCUACAAAUAAGUGUGGAGAUUUGGAAUUAAUGAAUCAUGAUCUAUUCUAAUGAAUCUUUCUUUUUAAUCC